UUGAUGGCUUAAAAGCGGAGGUAGACAGAGAACAGAGGGUGCAUUAUAUUUAUCAACGGCUAACGUUAUAUUUUUAUUUUCUCCACUGCCCUCAAAGUCCAUCUUAGAAGACGGGAAAUAAAUUAACGCUUCUUAUUUUUUUUAAGCAUCUGUAUGCAUUUGCAUCGGUUCAGGAUGAAAAUCCAUUAGGAGGACAACACUUCUGGAUACCUCACAGGAUUGCAACACUGCAACUUGCCACUUUCAUGGAAAAAAGCAACAUUUGGAAACAUGUCUCGUAAAUGUGACUAAAGAAAGCAUCACGAGGAUCAUGCAUUCUGCUCCAAUGAGGUGAAAGUGACCAUCUCCGACAUGUAUGAGGAGAACAGAAAAAGGAAUGGGUACGCCAAUGAGGAGGAGGAGGGUGGUGGUGAAGCGGAAGAAGAGGAGGAGGAGGAGGGAGGAAGAGGGGAAGCUGACGAGGACACAGAGGAAGAGAGGGAUGAAGAGGAGGAUCAUUUUCAUCCGAAGAUGAACCGCACGGAAACGCUCAACUCCACCACCAGCUCCACUGCAACGCAGAAGAAGAGAAGUCAACACAUGAAGAAACAGAUCCAGGGCUCCAACCAGGUGCAACGGGCCCCCAGAGCUCUCUUCUGCCUUAAACUAAACAACCCCAUUCGCAGGGCCGCUCUGCACCUUGUGGAAUGGAAACCAUUCGAUAUCUUCAUUCUUCUGGCCAUCUUUGCUAAUUGUGUGGCAUUGGGGGUCUCUAAGCCUUUUCCUGAAGACGACUCAAACGCCACCAACCAUGACCUAGAACAGGUUGAAUAUGUGUUUCUGAUCAUCUUCACCAUUGAGACCUUUAUGAAGAUACUGGCAUACGGUCUCGUCAUGCACCCUAGCUCUUACAUCCGCAACGGCUGGAAUUUACUUGACUUUGUCAUCGUCAUUGUAGGGCUGUUUAGUGUGGUCUUAGAAACUGUUACUCAUAAAUCAGGUGAAACAACUUCCCACAUGCCGGGAAAGCCUGGCGGUCUGGACGUCAAAGCCCUCAGAGCCUUCAGGGUCCUACGACCCCUCCGACUGGUCUCAGGAGUGCCCAGCCUGCAGAUUGUGUUAAACUCCAUAAUGAAGGCAAUGGUUCCCCUGUUGCAUAUCUCUCUGCUUGUCCUCUUUGUCAUCAUCAUCUAUGCCAUCAUCGGACUGGAGCUCUUCAUCGGCCGAAUGCAUCGCACCUGCUAUUUUAUAGACUCAGAUUAUCAUGCAGAUGAUGACCCGCUUCCCUGUGCAUUUGCGGGUCACGGUCGCCAGUGCAUCGUCAAUGGCUCAGAGUGCAGAGGAAGGUGGGACGGGCCAAAUGGUGGCAUCACCAACUUUGAUAACUUCUUCUUCGCCAUGUUGACAGUGUUCCAGUGCAUCACGAUGGAGGGCUGGACAGAUGUCCUGUACUGGAUGAACGAUGCGAUUGGUUUCGAGCUGCCGUGGGUUUACUUUGUCAGCCUGGUCAUCUUUGGAUCCUUCUUUGUACUCAACCUUGUGUUGGGUGUGUUGAGCGGGGAAUUCUCUAAGGAGAGAGAGAAGGCGAAAGCUCGAGGAGACUUCCAGAAGCUCCGUGAGAAGCAGCAGAUGGAGGAAGAUCUGUGUGGAUAUAUGGACUGGAUCACUCAGGCUGAGGACAUUGAUGAGUUUGAUGAGGACGGGAAUAGACGUGUGACCUUGCGUGACCUAGCUGAUAAGAAGAGGGGAAAAUUCGGCUGGUUCAGCCACUCGAACGAAACCCAUGCAAGUCUUCCUGCCAGUGAAACGGGUUCUGAGAACACUGAAAAUAUAGACGAAGAACAUACAGAUUGUUGUGCUGCUUGCUGCGCUAGCAUCAUGAAGAUUUCCUGCUGUCGUGCGCUGCGCCGCUGGAACCGUUGCGUUAGGAGAAACUGUCGCAAGGCUGUAAAAUCAGUGACAUUCUAUUGGCUUGUUCUGAUCCUGGUCUUCCUCAACACAGCUCUGAGUGCCUCCGAACACUACAACCAACCGGAAUGGCUCACCGAUGUUCAGGACAUUGCCAAUAAGGUUCUCCUCUCACUGUUCACGGUGGAGAUGUUGUUGAAGAUGUACAGUCUGGGGUUGCAGGCGUAUUUUGUGGCGUUUUUCAAUCGUUUCGACUGUUUCGUGGUGUGUGGUGGGAUUCUGGAGACGGUGCUGGUGGAGAUGGAGAUCAUGCCCCCUCUGGGCAUCUCAGUGUUGCGCUGCGUACGCCUGCUUCGGAUCUUCAAAGUCACACGCCAUUGGACGGCUCUGUCUAAUCUGGUGGCCUCGCUGCUGAAUUCAAUGAAGUCCAUCGCAUCCCUCUUGCUGUUGCUCUUCCUUUUCCUCAUCAUCUUCGCUCUGCUUGGCAUGCAGCUCUUCGGGGGGAAGUUUAACUUUGAUGAGACGCAGACCAAGAGAAGCACUUUUGAUACUUUCCCUCAGGCCCUACUCACCUGCUUUCAGAUAUUAACCGGUGAAGACUGGAAUGUUGUGAUGUAUGAUGGCAUCAUGGCGUACGGAGGCCCUGUUUUCCCUGGGAUGAUUGUGUGUCUUUACUUUGUGAUUUUGUUCAUCUGUGGUAACUAUAUCCUGCUAAACGUCUUCUUGGCCAUCGCUGUCGACAAUUUAGCCGGAGCCGAUGGAGAUGAUAAAAAGAAAGAAGAUAAAAAGGAAGCAGAGAAAGGUGAUGCUGAAGAAGAGAACGGAGAGGUGAAGGUGGACAUGGAUGAGUAUGAAGAGGAGGAGCAGCCUGAGGGGGCAGAUGAUGAAGAAGGGAAAGCACAGCUGAAUGUCGCUGACUUUGCACCUCCUAAAGAGAAGGUUCUGCCAAUCCCAGAGGGCAGUGCGUUCUUCUGCCUCAGCAAGACCAACCCGAUAAGAGUGGGCUGUCACACCCUGAUCCAUCAUCACAUCUUCACCAAUCUCAUCCUGCUCUUCAUCAUUCUCAGUAGCAUCUCUCUGGCUGCAGAGGAUCCUAUAAGAGCUCACUCCUUCAGGAACAAUGUGCUGGGUUAUGCUGAUUAUGCUUUCACUUCUAUAUUCACUGUGGAGAUCCUGCUAAAGAUGACAGUACAUGGUGCUUUCUUGCAUCAGGGUUCCUUCUGUAGAAACUGGUUUAAUUUGUUGGAUCUUUUGGUGGUCAGUGUGUCUUUGGUCUCCUUCUUCUUACAUUCGAGUGCGAUCUCUGUAGUAAAGAUUUUAAGGGUGCUCAGGGUACUCAGACCUCUUCGUGCGAUCAACAGAGCCAAAGGACUCAAGCAUGUUGUGCAGUGUGUGUUUGUGGCUAUAAGGACAAUUGGGAACAUCAUGAUUGUCACCACCCUCCUGCAGUUCAUGUUCGCCUGUAUCGGCGUUCAACUCUUCAAGGGGAAAUUUUAUCGAUGUACCGAUGAAGCCAAAAACACUCCAGAACAGUGCAAGGGCACAUUUGUGAUAUACAAGGAUGGAGAUGUGAGUCAUCCAAUGGUGAGGGAGAGGAUCUGGAUUAACAGUGACUUCAACUUCGAUAAUGUUCUCAUGGGAAUGAUGGCCCUAUUCACUGUCUCCACUUUCGAGGGCUGGCCAGCGCUGCUCUACAAAGCCAUUGACGCCAACGCGGAGAUCCACGGACCCAUCUACAACUAUCGUGUGGGGAUAUCCAUAUUCUUCAUCGUCUAUAUCAUCAUCAUCGCCUUCUUCAUGAUGAACAUCUUCGUGGGUUUCGUCAUCAUCACUUUUCGUGAGCAGGGAGAGGCUGAGUUCAAGAACUGUGAGCUGGACAAAAAUCAGAGACAGUGUGUGGAGUAUGCUCUGAAGGCCCAACCGCUGAAGCUCUACAUCCCCAAAAACCCUGUGCAGUACAAGUUCUGGUCUAUAAUCAACUCCACAGGGUUUGAGUACAUCAUGUUUGUGCUGAUUCUUCUCAACACGGUGACUCUUGCUGUGCAGCAUUAUGAACAGUCAAAGUUCUUCAGCUAUGUGAUGGACAUCCUCAAUAUGGUUUUCACAGGCCUUUUCACUGUGGAAAUGAUCAUAAAACUAAUGGCUCUCAGACUCAGGCAUUACUUUGUUGACGCUUGGAAUUCCUUUGAUGCUCUUAUUGUGGUAGGAAGUGUGGUGGACAUCGUGGUUACAGAGUUCAGCAGCUCAGAGGACAGCUCACGCGUGUCAAUUACGUUCUUCCGUCUGUUUCGUGUAAUGCGACUGGUCAAACUCCUCAGCAAAGGAGAGGGUAUUCGUACGCUUCUCUGGACUUUUGUGAAAUCUCUUCAGGCCCUGCCGUAUGUUGCUCUUCUUAUUGCUAUGAUCUUCUUCAUCUAUGCUGUGAUUGGAAUGCAGACAUUCGGAAAGAUCGCCAUGCAGGACCACACACAGAUUAACAGAAACAACAACUUUCAGACCUUUCCGCAGGCUGUGCUUCUUCUCUUCAGGUGUGCCACAGGUGAGGCGUGGCAGGAGAUCAUGUUGGCCAGCCUUCCAGGAAAGCGCUGUGAUCCAGAAUCAGACUAUGAACCUGGUGAAGAGCUCGCCUGUGGCAGCAACUUUGCCAUCAUCUACUUUAUCAGUUUCUUCAUGCUCUGUGCCUUCCUGAUCAUUAAUUUGUUUGUUGCCGUCAUUAUGGACAAUUUUGACUAUCUGACCCGUGAUUGGUCGAUUCUUGGACCCCAUCACCUGGAUGAAUUCAAAAGAAUCUGGGCAGAGUAUGAUUCUGAAGCCAAAGGUCGUAUUAAGCACUUGGAUGUGGUGGCUUUACUCCGGAGGAUCCAGCCUCCUCUGGGAUUUGGGAAGCUUUGUCCUCACCGUGUGGCCUGCAAGAGGCUGGUUGCCAUGAACAUGCCCCUUAACAGCGACGGUACGGUGACCUUCAACGCCACCCUGUUUGCCCUGGUCAGAACUGCCCUGAAAAUUAAAACUGACGGGAACCCAGAUCAAGAGAACGAGGAAUUGAGAAUAAUUAUUAAGAAGAUCUGGAAGCGGAUGAAACCUAACAUCUUAGAUGAGGUUAUUCCACCCCCUGCUGAGGAAGAAGUGACUGUUGGUAAAUUCUACGCUACAUUCCUGAUCCAGGAUUACUUCAGGAAAUUCCGCAAGAGGAAGGAGAAAGUGGGUCUGGGAGACUCCGAGUUUGAUAACCCCUCAGCUCUACAGGCCGGGCUGAGAACUCUACAAGACCUGGGUCCAGAAAUGAGACUGGCCAUGAACGAAGACCUGGAUGAGGAAGAGGAAGGCCUGCAGGAGGAGCAGGACGCGGAGGACACCAGUUACAAGAAAGAAAAUGGUUAUGCAGGCCACGCCGAGCACUCAAACAAAAGCCGCCGCUCCUCUCUGGCCACGACUGCGACCGGCGCUCCGGUUGCUCUCCCAGGAGACGGGAUCCUGAACGGGGGACCGGGACGUAGGAGCUCUUUAGCAAAAACACAAAAUGGGAAUGGCGCUCUGGAGUGUGACAACUUCAGGAGAAGAGACAGUACACGUUCCUCCUUCCAUUACCAACACAAGAAUGGUCUGAUCGACCAGCUGCCUAGGAGGUCGUCAUACUGCAAAAACUCAAGGAGAGACUCCAGGGACAGAUUCUCGUCUCCUCUCUCACGGAGAGAGGAAGGCGGUGUGUACCCUGGAGAGCAACGCUUCUAUGGAAAAGAUGAAGACAGCGAGAGCGUCAUCUCAAGAGAAAGGCACGGUUAUCUAGAUGACAACCCAAUGUACCUGGGUCAUCGAGACAGGUAUGACGGACACUCUAUGAGACCUCAUGUAUACAGUAAUCAUUAUGGAAACAGUUACGGAGACGCCAGGAGGACAGCUCGAAGACGCCUGCUGCCAGCUACACCUACCGGGAGAAAAGCUUCAUUUAAUAUUCAGUGUUUGAGAAGGCAAGGUAGCAAUGAUGACCUGCCCAUCCCAGGAACGUACCAUCAGAACUCUCCUCCCUUCAGAGCACGUGCUGAGGGAUUCAAUGUUUACGAUUCUCGUCGCAGCAGCGCUCGAUCAUCCACGGGUUCAACAUCAUCCUGGGCAAACACUGGCCCUCGCCGGGGUCGACUCCUUUACGCUCCCCUCAUCCUGGUAGAAGAAGAGAGUUCAGGUGGAGCUGCUAACGUGGGCCUCUGGGACAAAAAGAGCAACCCUGCCGGCCCGCUCGGGACUGUCCGGCAGGGAUGGUACUCGGAAUCCUCUGCUGGUGUAGGGGCGCAGCCGUACAGAGCCUACACCACUCUGAGAGUCCCCACCCAACUCAGUCCUCAUUACAGCGAGAAGAGAGGCAGCGCUGACAGUCUGGUUGAAGCGGUCUUGAUCUCCGAAGGUUUGGGCUUAUACGCCAAGGAUCCAAAAUUUGUGGCCUUUGCCAAGCGCGAGAUCGCAGAUGCCUGUCAGAUGACCAUAGAUGAGAUGGAAAGCGCUGCCAGUGAUCUCCUGACCCUUGGGGGCUCUGGGGAGAGCCAAGGAUUCCUGAAUCACACAGACAUGGGACCCGUUUACAGCGAUGAGGAGCCCAUCAGGAACCACGAGGAGGAAGACCUGGCUGAUGAAAUGACGUGCGUUACGUCUUUCUAAAUGACAGAAAAGAGAACCAAUCAGGAUUUUAGUGGGAGGAGCAACAGAAAGGCUGAGAGGCCAAUCAAAUUGCUCAUGCAGCAUGAGUUUUCUCUAUCUGAGAGAUAUGGUGGACACUUGCAUGUGGUGGUUUGGCUCUGAUACAUUCUGGCUCGGCCUGUUCAUACUGACCAACACGCGUUUGCUCUGUCAGCAUGGCGGUUCACAUUCUAUGCUCCAUAUCUCAGAGAGGAAUCUUUUUUAUAAGGAUAUCAUGCAAAUGUGAUUUUCCACCUCAUUCUCAUCUAUCUCUGUCUGUUUAAUUUUAAACUUCAUUUACAAAGAGAUGGUCCUAUCCGUAUUCAGUUUGAUAGUGAUUUGCAUCAGCAUGUAUUAUCAUUAUGUUUUAUGGGGUUCCGACAUUGUUUUGCAUACUGUGUAUAUGUGUAUUUUCCCACAGUAUUGCGGAAGUCAGUGUAGUGAUUCAUCUUCAUUGGUAUGUGGGCUGAAUUUUUCAGAGUGGAAUAAAAGAGCACUGUUGUGGUCACUUAAAUGUUCAAUUUAAAAUAAAACUUUUUUAGAACAGCUUAAUAAAUAAUGUCUUUUUGAAAAAAAAAUGUUUUGUAUUUAUUUGUAUUUUAUUAUUUCUUAAAUCAGUUUUUAUAAAUUCCAUUUGCCUAUUUUACUCUAUGUGGUUGACUUUGAAAUAUUGCCGAUAUAACUAGUCACAAUAGUCCUGUUAUAGUUUUGCCAAUUUCCUUUAUUAAUAACUGAAUCUGCUCCAAUUUAUUAAUAAAUGAAUCUGUUCUAAAUUCCCAUAGAAGAGAGACCUACUGAAAAGAGGACAGUGCCCUAUUCAGUGCUCUAUUUCUAUGGCCAUCUCUGUAAUGCUGUAAAAACGACUGAACAUUCAAUGAGAUUACAAGGAAUGCAAAUAUCCUUUCACAGACUGUAUGCCAUAUAUAUGACACCCCCAAUGUUUACUCCCUUCCAUGUCCAUUAGUGUAAAUAUAUAGCAAAUUAAUGUUAUUAAAAUGAAUAUAAUGACUUUACAUGAAAUAAUGUGGUAAUUAAUUAGAGUUUAUACAUUUUAAUAUAUGUUUGUAAACUGAAAUAUAAAUAUGUAAAUAUUUCCACUCCUUGCGAUCUGCCUUUCUUUUAGUGUUUAUGAGAAUUAAAUAUGU